AUGCCUGCCGUUCCACAGACCAACGCUUCUACCCCAGCUGUCGUCCUCCAGAGUGGAAACUACUCGAUCGCCACCGUUAGAGAUCCUACUGGUGCUCAAUUCUAUCUCUCUAGGUCCCCAUCUGAGGACCGAUCCCUCCUCCCAAAGCCAGUCCUCGUUUUGCCAAAGCCCGUCACACGCUCUCCAUGGAAAAUCACCCGCAACUCCGAUGGAACCUAUACCAUUGAGAACGGCGGUGCUCCAGUUGUGAACAUCAAGGGACAACUUUUCGCCCAACUCCAGGCCCAAGCCGGUGUUGAGACUCGCUGGAGGAUCACUUCCGUCCAUUGGCAAGGCCGGGAUCAAUUCAUCAUUGAAAGUGUUGACCGAGCUGCUGGAUGGUCCCUCAAGACAACUGAUGCUGCCAGCGUCUUUUCCUUCGUCCAGCCUGAAAUCAAGCCAUUGGCUUCGACCCGUUCCAUCCCACCACAGUAUCAGGCCAGUGCCCGAUUCGUCAUCCAGAGGAUUUAA